CCCUCCGGGCUCACAAUCCGACGAUGGCUCGGAGCCGCAUCUGACAUUCAGGAGCCGCAAGUUUUUCCCAAAGUGCGACAUCGGUUACGGCGGCUUUGCUGUCGUGUGGGCUGGUGUGAUGGACGAAGGGGAAGAGAUCGCGAUCAAGGUCAUACACAAACCACUGGUGGUGAUGAACGCAGGGAAGAACCUCGACACUGCGAUCAAGCAGUUGGAGAACGAGUGGACGGCUUUGCAGAUGGUUACGGAGGCGGCGUCGCCGUUCUUUGCGGGCCUGCUCUAUUCGUUCGAAGAUGGGGAGAACAUAUACUUUGUGCAGAGAUUGUAUCCAGCAUCACUGGCGAGACGAUUAGUUGAUGACCACCGAGUACCGGUUCAACAAUUUCAGAUACAGCUCUGGGCGGCGGAGACUCUAUUGGCCAUCGAGGAGCUGCACGAGCUAGGUAUUGUCCAUCGCGACAUUAAACUGGAUAACGUCCUAUUAUCCCCUAACGGACACGCUGCGCUUGCGGACUUCGGGCUGGCGUAUGUCAGCUCGUCAACAACUUCACUCAAAGACGUUGUGAUGACGGACGGCUGCGGGACCUUUCAUUACAUGGCUCCUGAGAUGAUCCAUCCGUUGAGAGACGGAGGGCAUAUCGAGUAUAGCUACAAGGUGGACAUGUAUGCGUUCGGCAUACUUUUACUCGAGCUGUCGUUGAGAAUCCCUGAGGGGUCGCGCUGGAUAGAAUGUGUUCCGCCGUCCAUAGACGGCAGCAGCGUCAGUCUCAAUGCUGCCGUUGAGCUGGUUGACCACCAUGAGGCGCGCCACCUGAUCGCUCAGCUUAUCCACCGCGACCCGAGUAAGCGGCCGAGUUGGGAUAAGGUCAAGUGCCACCCGUUCUUUGAAGGUAUAAACUGGGGCGAUGUCGAAAAGAGGUCGAUACCUAACCUAUGCAUGCCUCACCUCGCGCCACGCGGGUCGCCUCGACGCGCUCUGGAGAAAUUCGUGACGGACCAUGCGGGUGUUGGCGUCCCAGAGCUUUAUGCACAGGCUAAAGCGGUGAUGCCGGUCACCCAUAACUGGGACUAUGAGAGUCCUCCAUAUUUGCGCGUCGACAGGCUGCACGGGACAAGCUGUUUGAGGCUCGGGAACGGGACGUGUCCGUAUAUGCGAAGGCAGUAUGCACACCAUGCUGCGCAUUGAUGAUUUGGAUUGAUGAUUUGGUGUUGAUGAGAUAACACGACGGACGUUUACGAUACGCAACGAUUAGGCGACGAGUUAAUGAGUUUGAGAUAGCGUGAUGACACGAACAUUGCUUAUAUUUAUGAUUCGAACGUAUACUUUCACGAUUAGCAUGCUUUUAAACCAAUUUUAUACCCAC